AAAGCAGGCGACAACACCAACCGCCGCCUGUCGGCGCGUCCUGAAACUAAAAUCCAACAUGUCGCUGUUCUAGGCCGCGUCCACGGCGAUUUAUGUGACAGCGUCGAACCUCUCUGACGGCAGUAAAUCAUGAAGAACGUUCUGAUGGUGGCCGAAAAGCCGGCGCUGGCCCAGUCUCUAGCGGCCAUCCUUUCCAACGGCACCAUGAAGUCUAGAAAGGGCAUCAGCAGCGCAUGCACCGUCUACGAGUACAUGGGCAAGUUCAAAAACGAACCGGCGAGGUUCAAGAUGACCUCGGUCUGCGGGCAUGUGAUGACCACCGACUUCACCGGUAAAUACAACAGCUGGGACAGAGUCGAUCCCGCCGAGCUGUUCAGCGCUCCCACCGAAAAGAAGGAAGCCAACCCCAAGUUGCAGCUUCCGAGGUUCCUGGAAAAAGAGGGUCAAGGCUGUGACUACCUUGUUCUCUGGCUAGACUGUGACAAGGAAGGUGAAAAUAUCUGUUUCGAAGUCAUCAACAUUGUCAAGCCCGUACUGAAGAGGCCAGCGACCUAUGGUCAACAGUUCAUCUUCCGUGCCAAGUUCAGUGCCAUCACGGACAAAGACAUCAAGGCUGCCAUGAACAUGCUGGUGGAGCCCAACGAGAACGAAGCGCGCUCGGUUGACGCAAGGCAGGAGCUGGAUCUCCGCAUUGGUUGUGCUUUUACCCGCUUCCAGACCAAGUACUUCCAGGGCAAGUACGGCAACCUGGACAGUUCGUUCAUCUCGUUCGGGCCCUGCCAGACCCCGACCCUUGGCUUCUGCGUGGAUCGCCACGACAAGAUCCAGUCGUUCAAGCCGGAGGCCUACUGGGUGCUGCAAGUGCAGGUCAAGGUGUCCAAUGAGCAGACGUUCACCCUCGACUGGGAGCGCGGCCGCAUCUUCGACCGAGAGGUGGCCAUGGUCUUCCUGACGCAGAUCUCAAACUGCAAAGAGGCUCUGAUCACGGACGUGACGCAAAAGGAGAAGAGCAAGCCGCGGCCCGUGGCCCUCAACACAGUGGAGCUGAUGCGCAUUGCCAGCUCGGGGCUGGGCAUGGGUCCGCACCACGCCAUGCAGGUGGCCGAGAGGCUCUACAUCCAGGGCUACAUCAGCUACCCCCGUACGGAGACCACCAGCUACCCGGAGAACUUCGACCUCAGAGGAACACUCCACCAAAUUCAGAGAGUUCCCGACCUGAGUGCGGAUGUCCAAGAGCUGCUAUCGAAAGGAAUCAACCGCCCCAAGAAGGGCCACGACGCCGGUGAUCACCCUCCAAUCACUCCAACCAAGGACGCCUCCAGGGGUGAAUUGGACGGUGAUGCGUGGAGGCUGUACGAUUACAUUGCCAGGCAUUUCGUCGCUACGCUGAGCGAAGACAUGAAGUACCUCCAGACGACGGCGUCGUUCACGGUCGGCGAGGAGCGCUUCUCGCUGACCGGCAAGAGCGUCAUCAAUCCGGGCUUCACCAAGUUCAUGUCUUGGCACGCCGUCACUCCGGAGGAAGCCCUGCCGCAGCUCAAGGCGGGAACCACCUGCCCCGUCGUUCAGAUGAAGCUGUCCGAGCAGAAGACAAGCCCGCCGGGCUACCUGACGGAGUCGGAGCUGAUCUCCCUGAUGGACAAGCACGGCAUAGGCACCGACGCGUCAAUCCCCGUGCACAUCAACAACGUGUGCCAGCGGAACUACGUCACGGUUGAUUCCGGCCGCAGACUCAUCCCGACCAACCUCGGAAUUGUUCUCGUUCACGGGUACCAGAAGAUUGACACGGACCUGAUCCUGCCGACGAUGAGGGCGGCCGUGGAACAGCAGCUGAACCUGAUUGCCGUGGGCAAGGCAGACUAUGAUGCCGUGCUCAGCCAUACGCUGACCGUGUUCCAGCUCAAGUUCUGCUACUUUGUCACCAGCAUCCUGCAGAUGGACGAACUCUUUGAGGUCACCUUCACCCCGCUCUCCGAGAGCGGCAGACCUCUGUCCAGGUGUGGCAAGUGCCGCCGCUACCUCAAGCUGGUGGCAAGCAAGCCGAGCCGACUGCACUGCGUCCAGUGCAACGACACCCACAGCAUCCCGCAGAAUGGCAGCGUCCGCACCUUCCGCGAGCUCAAGUGCCCCCUGGACGACUUUGAGCUGCUCCAGUGGUACGGCGGCACCAAGGGAAAGAGCUUCAUCUUCUGCCCGUACUGCUACAACCACCCGCCGUUCAGGGACACGGGCCACCAGAUUGGCUGCAACUCGUGCACCCACCCCACCUGCCCCCACUCCAUGAUGGCCAACGGAAUCUCCGUCUGCCCCGAGUGCACCUCGGGUGUGCUCGUGCUCGACCCCGCCUCUGCACCCAAGUGGAAGAUCGGCUGCAACAGGUGCGAUGUCAUCGUUCAGCUCUGCGAAGAUGCACGGAAGGUCAGCGUAGAAGACGAACAAUGCGAAGAGUGUGGCAGCCAAGUGAUUAGCGUUGAGUACAAGCUUGAGAAGACCAAGCUGCCGGGGGCGCAGACAGAGGCGGCGGGCUGCAUCUUCUGCGACGUCACGCUGUCGUGCCUGGUCGAGCGCCACCAGGCCCUGCGGCCGAGGAACAACUACCGGCGGACGGGCGGUGCGGGGGGUCCUGGUGGUGCCAGGGGGAGGGGCCGGGGACGGCGCAGGGGGAAACCCAAGGACAAGAUGGCACAGCUGGCAGCCUACUUUGUUUGAUGUGCCCUCCUCGCCCUCGCUUUCGGGCACCCCGGACGACGUCGACGUACCUCGGGGCUGUGACGGAUCCAGCCGCCAAGCCUGUCCGCGAUUACAAAGAGCUCGUAACAAGAACCGAAACCAUAAAUUAAUUGCCGGGCGCACGUUCGCCCACUCGUCGGAACCCUGUGUCGUCUCACCUAGUAAUUUAUGCAGUCUCGAAACAAUAAACCUGUUGUACACAA